AUGGUUGCUAGCUUCACCACGAUCUCGGCACUUACGAUAGCUGUGCUUGCUGCUUCCACGAAAGCGCAUAAUCAGAUGACAGUGCCAUUGGCAACCUGGCCCGAAGGAUUCUACAACAAAAAUAGUCCUUCUGGCACCAUUGAUGCUGCUGCAGCACUACCUAUUCCUCAAGGCAUGUCAUAUACCACAGACUCGGCUUCAAAUGUCAAGGCGUAUUGGACAGCAUUCAACGCAAGCAAGUAUAAAACGCUCAAAGAAUUUGCUUGGGCUACCCAAAAGCUAGAGAAGGGGGCCUCAAACGAAUGCGGCUUCUCUCUAGUUGAUGGUCAACCGCAAGAGCUUCCUGAAAUGGUAGAGUGGGAUGCGUUCAGCUACUCCCACAUGGGCCCAUGUGAAGUUUGGUGUGAUGAUAAGCGAGUAUUUCAAAACUGGAAUUGCGGAGUCGAUUACACAGAAACCCCGGCUAAACUUCCAUACGACAAGGCGAGUUGCGAAGGCGCCGCCGUGCUAUCGUGUUAUUGGAUUGCCGUGCACACAGUUCCGUGGCAGAUUUACACCAAUUGCGCUCCUAUCAAAGGAGGCGGAGCCGGCGGAUCGAAACCAUCGACGCCUGCGGCGGACACACCAAAACAGAAUACUCCGGAUACUGAUGAUACAAGUACCCCAGCAACUCCACCGGCUGACAAGUGUGCAGUGCGUCGUCGACGCCACUAA